UGAAGUACUGCAGAGAUAGACGCUGGACUGCAGCUCGGAAAAAGCAUCCUUACCGUCAGCUCUUCAGCUCUUCCCUCCUCAGUUCCUGAAUGCCCAUCUGAGGUAAAUUUGUAUUCGUUGGACGCCGCAGCUCCUUCGCAACAAUGGAGUACCAGCACCGAAAUCUCAUUAAAAGACUCAUCCAAUGAGAGCCAGGGAGUUUGAGGUUCUUCUUUUGUGGUAACUGCAGACGUCAACCUCCCUACUAACUGCAGAAGUUGAGGGGAAGCUCCCGGCAUGGACGACACAGACCCCCGGGACCGAACGUCCCUGAUGAAGGGAGCCAAGGACAUCGCCAAGGAGGCCAAACGGCAAGCCGUCAAGAAGGUUAACAAGGUUGUGGACCGGGCCUCGGAUGAGUACUCUCACAGCCGUGCCUACCACCGUUUCCAAGAUGAUGAUGAUGCUGACUACUACAGCCAGCCAGAGGGAAACUAUGAGGGCGAUCACGCCAAUGAUGAAGAAGGCUCCAGUGAUGCCACUGAAGGCCAUGAUGAUGAGGACGAGAUGUACGAGGGUGAAUACCAAGGGAUCCCUUCGGACUCCAAGCCUGGGGAUGGACAGGUGGCUCUGGGGCAGCCUGUGGCGGACGGCCUGAAGGACCGGAGGGAGCUCGAAAGUGAAAGGCAGGCGGAUGAGGAGGAGCUGGCACAGCAGUAUGAGCUGAUUAUCCAGGAAUGCGGGCAUGGGAGGUUUCAGUGGCAGCUCUUCUUCACACUGGGACUGGCGCUCAUGUCAGAUGGGGUGGAGGUUUUCGUGGUAGGCUUCGUUUUGCCCAGUGCUGAGACAGACAUGUGCGUGCCUGAUUCAAGUUCUGGCUGGCUAGGCAGCAUUGUAUACCUGGGGAUGAUGGUGGGGGCCUUCUUCUGGGGGGGCAUGGCAGACAAGGUGGGCCGACGGCAGUGUCUGCUCAUAUGCAUGUCCACGAACGGCUUCUUUGCCUUCCUGUCCUCCUUCGUGCAAAGCUAUGGCUUCUUCCUGCUCUGUCGCACAAUAGCGGGCUUUGGGAUUGGUGGAGCAGUACCCAUUGUCUUCUCUUAUUUUGCGGAGGUGUUGGCAAGGGAGAAGAGAGGUGAACAUCUCAGCUGGCUCUGCAUGUUUUGGAUGAUAGGGGAGAUCUAUGCUUCAGCCAUGGCCUGGGCUAUCAUACCUCACUAUGGCUGGAGUUUCAGUAUGGGUUCAGCGUAUCAGUUCCACAGCUGGAGGGUGUUUGUGGUGGUGUGUGCUCUGCCGUGUAUCUGUUCUGUGGUGGCCCUCACGUUCAUGCCUGAAAGUCCCAGAUUCUACUUGGAGGUGGGGAAGCACGACGAGGCCUGGAUGAUCCUCAAGCAGAUCCACGACACCAACAUGCGAGCGCGCGGACAACCCGAAAAAGUCUUCACUGUAAACAGGAUCAAGAUCCCAAAACAGAUUGAUGAGUUUGUGGAGAUGCACACUGAGUCCAGUAAUGCUGUGUCCAAAGUUAUUUUCAGAGUGAAGACUGAACUUUAUGGGAUCUGGUUGACCCUUUUGAAGUGUUUCAUUUAUCCAGUGAAAGACAACACUGUAAAGCUGGCCAUUGUGUGGUUCACACUGUCAUUUGGGUACUAUGGCUUGUCUGUGUGGUUCCCUGAUGUCAUCAAGCACCUCCAGGCUGAUGAGUACGCUUCUAAAGUGCAGAGGCACAAUAACGAGCUAACUGAGGACUUCACAUUCAACUUCACAUUAGAGAACCAGAUACACACAAAUGGUGUGUUCAUCAAUGACAGAUUUGUAAAUAUGAAAUUCAAGUCAGUCACAUUCAUCAACACCACUUUCCAAAACUGCUACUUUGAAGACGUGACCUCGGUGGGCUGUUUCUUCCGUAACUGCACUUUUAUCGAUGCAUUCUUUUACAACACGGACAUUGAUGACUCCAAACUUAUUAACACAAAAGUCACAAACUGCUCAUUCCAUCACAACAAAACGGGUUGUCAGAUGACAUUCGAUGAUGACUAUAGCGCCUACUGGGUUUACUUUGUCAACUUCUUGGGAACAUUGGCUGUCCUACCAGGGAACAUAGUGUCUGCCCUCCUCAUGGAUAAAAUAGGGCGCUUAUCUAUGCUAGGGUUCUCCAUGGUCCUGUCUGGAAUCAGCUGUUUCUUCCUGUGGUUCGGCACCAGUGAAGCCAUGAUGAUUGGGAUGCUGUGCCUUUAUAAUGGCCUGAGUAUCUCCGCCUGGAACUCACUGGAUGUGGUCACAGUAGAGCUUUAUCCUACAGACAGGAGAGGGACUGGCUUUGGCUUCUGUAAUGCCUUGUGUAAGUUUGCAGCUGUGCUGGGCAACCUAAUUUUUGGCUCCCUGGUCAGUAUCACCAAAGCCAUCCCCAUCCUGCUGGCCUCCUCUGUGCUCGUGGGUGGAGGCCUGGUGGGACUUCGGCUACCGGACACACGAUCCAAUGUCCUGAUGUAGCCCCUGCCAGACAGCCCUGAAGCUGUCCAGCUAAUGACUUCAGUCCAUCCAUGUAUCUUCAGUCUACCAUUUUACACAUUGUUCGAGUCAUCCUUUUUCAUUUACAGAGCUAAGUGAGAUGGAAUCAUGAAUGAGCAAUAUAAUUACCACACAGAACAUUAUAGCAGUAGCUAUAUGUCAUGACUAAAAAGACAAAAGCUUUAUCAGUCAGUGAGUAUGCACUUAAAUCUAAUUUGCGUGUUGAUGCGUAGGCAGUUAAAGGUGAGAAGCAUUAAUGUUUCUGAUCACGGGAAAGCCAAGGAGGGCUGUUUUCCUUCUUGUGAAACUAUUUCCUAACAUCCUGCAGCUGUGUAACAGUCUUGCAUCCCUCUCCCUGGCUCCGUAGUGUUAAAAAGAGCCUGGCUGAAAGUCAUAUACAUUAUGCUGAUGGGCUGUAGCAGAGCUCUGGCAUUGAGAUGAGCGUAAAUAUUAAUGUCCCCCUUAUUAAGAAGCUUGAAAAACAAACUCUUAAUGAGCAGGCUGAACCUGCUGGAAGCCCGUAGAGGAAGAGGAUGAUCAGAAAGACUGUGAGAGCGGCACAGCUGUAGCCCAGCUGUCCUAUACAGCUUCAUACAGCCCAGAUAGACCAAGCGAGAGUAAAACACAGUCACAGUCAGCAGCUUUCUUUACUAACAAGUUAUUUUGUUUGCUUGUAUGUUACCUGUACAAUUAAAUAUUUAUGAAGUCAGUAUAUGACUGCUUGGCCAUAAAUUGUCCUAAAGCUUUAAUCAUUAAAGGGAUAGUCAUCAAAAGCUUUAUUUUUCCCAGGUUUAAGGGGUUUUUAGGUGAAAAGAUGAUAUGUUGGUGUUUUUGUG